AUGAAAGCAGAUGAAACAAUUAAGGCAACGAUGGAAGAAAUAAAUAGAGGUUCUGAGAAUUUUUCUCAGACACAACAAAAACGUUCGAUGAUUAACCAAAUUCAACAACAAACGACAAAGCAUCAAGCAUCACUUGCUGCAGCUGCAAAAGAAGGCGAAGAGAAUGAAAUUGAUCGCCAAGAAUGGGCCAAAACACAAAUUAACGAAUUAAAUGAUCAAACUAGGAAUGAACUUGAGUCAAUCGAAACAUUACGUGCUAAGCAACAGGCAUAUUAUCAAUCCCAGCUUGAAAGUAAGAAUGAAAUCUGGGAAAAUUGCUUACAAGAAAGAAGAGAAGAAGCUCAACGUCUUAGAGCAAUGAUAGAACAAUUAAAUUCAGAUAUUAACGUUGCUCGUGGUGAAGCAAAGUCAGAUAUUGAAGCAGCUAAGAAGCGAGCAAAAGAAUUGGCCCAAAUCAUUCGAGCAAAUCGCGAAAAGCAGAUACAAAAGAUAGCAGAUCUUACAGCACAAAUACAAAAAGAGCGAAAUGCUCAUGGCCCAAACCUCAAGCAAGUUAUUGCUCAAGCUAAUCAAUCUGUUAUGCAAAAGAAAGAACAAAUGGCUAGAUUAGAACAAAAUCUACUGACGCUCAAAUCUAAGCUUAGAGAUUGUGAAAGUUCCAAUGCUAAUAAAUUUAGACAACAAGUUCGUCAAAUUAAAGAUUUGCGAGCCCAGCUUCAGGUUCAAAAGGAUGCAGAAAAGCAAAAACAGCAAGAACUUAUGAGUAUGAGAAAGAUGUGCGCAUCAGUAUCCCACAAAAUCUCAGCAUAUAAAGAUGAAGCGGCAUCUCUCAGGCGACAACUUGCAAUGAUGACAAAAGAUAAUGAGGAACUGCAAAGUGAGAUUGUAAAACUUGAACGCCAGAUGUUUCCUCAGGUAUUUAAAUCUAUUCAAUAA